AUGAAUGAGAAACAGCUAACAAAAGAGGAAAUGAUUGCGAAAAAACAAAAGCAAGGUCUCGCUAAAAAGAGAUCAUUCCUUGUUCGCAUGGUGUCGGAUCCAAAGUGCUAUAAUCCAAAAAUAGUUCGUCAUCUCAAUAUGGCGAAUCAUCGAAAGAUGAGUCAAGACCUAUAUCGAGAUAGAACCCUAAUGCAAGUGCUAUUAAACUCGCUCAGAAAGAUUGCUCAGUUGUUCUAUGCAAGUUCAGGCAAACAAUCUCGCUUAGCCAACGACCGUGUCGGUUGUCACAAUCCCCAGGAUCCGGCAGUUCGUGUGAGUUUCAUUCUGAAUUGA